GGGGAGGGGCGCGGGCCGUCGAGGCCUUCCUUUCCCUCACCUCCAUUGACGUGAGGAGAACCGAGGGGCGGCGGGGGUGAGGCGAGCCGUGAUGGAGGAAAACCAAGGAACGGCGCCGGACCGUGAGCCGUGCUCCGUGACGGUGGACCUGCAGGGAGACAGCUUGCUGCAGGUGGAGAUCUCCGAUGCCGUGAGCGAGCGGGACAGGGUGAAAUUCACCGUCCAGACCAAGAGCUGCCUGCCGCACUUUGCUCAGGCCGAGUUCUCAGUGGUACGCCAGCACGAAGAGUUCAUCUGGCUGCACGACGCCUACACGGACAACCAGGAUUACGCCGGCAUCAUCAUUCCCCCGGCUCCACCGAAACCAGACUUUGAGGUCUCCCGGGAAAAGCUUCAGAAAUUGGGGGAAGGGGACAGCUCUGUCACCCGAGAAGAGUUUGCCAAGAUGAAACAGGAACUGGAGGGGGAGUACCUGGCCAUCUUCAAGAAGACGGUGGCCAUGCACGAGGUGUUCCUCCAGCGCUUGGCAGCCCAUCCCACCCUGCGGCGCGACCACAACCUCUACGUCUUCUUGGAAUACGGCCAGGACCUGAGCGUGCGAGGGAAGAACCGCAAGGAGCUGCUGGGAGGAUUCCUGAGGAACAUCGUCAAGUCGGACGAGGCCCUGAUCACGGGCGUGUCGGGCCUCAAGGAAGUGGAUGACUUCUUUGAGCACGAGCGGACGUUCCUGCUGGAAUACCACACCCGCAUCCGGGACGCCUGCCUGCGUGCCGACCGCGUCAUGCGUUCACACAAGUGUCUGGCCGAGGAUUACAUCCCCAUCUCGGCCGCGCUGAGCAGCCUGGGCACGCAGGAGAUCAACCAGCUGAAGACGAGUUUCCUCAAGUUGGCUGAGCUCUUUGAGCGUCUGCGGAAGCUGGAAGGGCGGGUGGCCUCGGAUGAGGAUCUGAAGCUGUCCGACAUGCUCAGAUAUUACAUGAGAGACUCUCAGGCCGCCAAGGACCUGCUUUACCGGCGUCUGCGGGCUCUGGCCGACUACGAGAACGCCAACAAGGCCCUGGACAAGGCCCGAAUGAGGAACCGCGAAGUCCAGCCAGCAGAGACGCACCAGCAGCUGUGCUGCCGGCGCUUCGAGCGCCUGUCGGACUCUGCCAAGCAGGAGCUCACAGACUUCAAGUCCCGCCGCGUGUCCGCCUUCCGCAAGAAUCUCGUCGAGUUGGCGGAGUUGGAACUCAAGCAUGCCAAGGCAAGCACAAUGCUCCUCCGCACCACCCUCCUUGCCCUCAAGGGGGAGCCCUAGAGCGGCCGGGGCAACACCCCCUCCCCCCCACUGCUGCGUUGGCAACUUCCACCACAAAGCAGGGACGGUGGCUUAGGACGAGGGACGGACCUCUCUCUCCACCUCCCCGGCACUCCUGCUUCCCAGGGACCCCUCAGCAGGGCCUCCAGACUCCUGUAUCCUGCCCUCCUCCAAGCCCAGGACGACCCCCGCCCCCCAUCCACCGCUACUGGAGCGCAGGGGUUCCGCGCACCGGCCGCCGGCCCCCAUCCCUUCCCUAGGAGGCGGCUCCGGCCCGGAGGAUCCCAGGAAGAGGGAAGGUGGGGCAGUGGGAAUGACCAUCGGCUGUGCCCGCUUCAGGUUGCCCACCCCCCUGGGGGGCAGGCUGGAGCUUGGCCCCUUCCACAGGCCCUGGGGAACCAGUAGGAGAAAUCGGGGCGGGGGGUGGCCCCCUUGACCCCCUCUCCCCUAAUGGAGAGUGGCAUGGGGCAGGUUGGAGCAGGGGGCCCGCCUCUGCCUUUGGCCAGCUUGGAGUGAGGGCCUCCUUGCAGCUGGCUGCUCCUCCUCCUGCGAUAAGGGGUGAAGUUGAAAGGACUAGAAGCCCGCACAGUUCUGACCCCCGAGGGGUAGCAGACUGUGACUGGCCACCGCUUUGGGGCUUACGCCCUACCCCUCUGCCUGCCUAGAAACAGUGUUGCUUAGUGGCUAGAGCCCAGGCCCCGGAGUCAGAAGGACCCGGGUUCUAAUCCCCGUUCGACCCUUUGUCUGUGUGACCUUGGGUGAGGAACUUCACUUUCCCGGGCCUCUGUCAUGCCUGUAAAACGGGGAUGAAGACUGUAUCUACCCUAAUGCCUAGAACAGUGCUUGGCACAUAGAAAGUGCUUAACCUUAAUUGUAAUUAUGCCCAUCCCCAACACAGGUGGAGGAAUAGGUGGGUCCUGGCUGCCGCCCCCCACCCCUACCUCUUCUUCCUCAGCCCCGGCUCCCGUUCCCACCUUCUCCUCUGCCCUCACCCACCGGGGUUUGCCUCCCGAACAGGUGCCCAGACCCAGGCAGCAGACUGGACUCCGACCUCCCCGCGCCCGCCCGCCCCCCCCCCCCCCCCCAGUCCUCUCCCAAGAUGGCAGGUGGUAAAGUUCAGGCUGACGUGACUGGGAGGAGGGAGGUAGCCGGGAGGCUCACACCCUCCUGAGUAAACACGGCAAGGAGGCAGGCCGGGCCACCCCAGGCCGGGCCAGACACUCGGGUCCAAGGUCUGAGGGCUUGCACCCAGCUGGAUGCUCUGCCUCCUGUGCCUGCCACGCCUUCCCCAGGUAAGCAGGUUGCCCCGUCCACCCUCCCCGGAACCCGGAUCCAACCGGGCUGGGGUAGGGAUCGAGGAGGGGCAGGAAGGCUCUCACCGGCCCCCUUUCACAGAGAUGGGGUGGGGGAGAAGGUUGCGGUCGCCUUCCAGGAAGUGGACAAAGGCUGGGUGGGAUCGGCGUCCUCGGAGGGAGAGCCGGAGCCGCGGGGCCAGAGGCGGCGGGAGACCCGGCCUGCGUCACCGCAACACAAAGUUCAGGAACGUUACCGGGCACUUCCACCCUCUUCCUUAGUUCGGCUGGAGAGGGGUGGAGAAGCAAGCUCUUUUUUAUCUCUCUCCACCACCUCUCCUUGUUACUGUCGGGGAAUGGGUGGAGGAGGGGAAUUAAAACCAAAAAAUGAAGAGCCCAGCAAGCAGCUAUCCUUUUUAUUCUUUUUUUUUCUUUUUUAAAAUCGAUUCCUUACUGGUGCUGCUUCCACAAAAGCGGCCGGGGGGGGGGGGGGGGGGGUUGGGGGAGGGAGGAGCCGGCCGGUGGGGGAGGGGUCGUGAUGACAAUAUUCCAUUUAUACACAGAACUAA